AUGAAACAGAAGGGCUUCUUCGACCUCGGGUACACCAUGUUUCAGAUCGACUGUGGUUGGUUCAGCAAAGAACGUGCCGCGAACGGCUCAAUGACAUACGAUAAACAGACUUUCCCAGACGGCAUUUCGCCCCUGAGCAAGUAUGCAAUUAGCCAAGGAAUGCAAUGGGGCAUGUACACGGGUGCGACACCUUACCAGUGCAUGCCCGAUUACGUGGAGGACUGGCCAGCGUCUCAGUACCACGAGAAGGCUGAUGCAUUGCAGUUUGCUGGAUGGAACACAGUCUAUGUCAAAGCUGAUAACUGCUUCGGGCCGGACGACACGCUCGUCCAGCGAUAUACAAACCUGUCAAAUGCACUUAGGGAUGUUGGGAUCAAUGGCAUGAUGGUAUGUGAGUGGGCGUUGCCAGCCAACGGAGACGUUGACCCGGCCGUGUGGACAAAGCCCAUUGCUACGUCGUGGCGUGUGGCUGCUGAUAUUGCUCGAGGCUGGGACUCUGUCUUCCGUAUCACCAACGAAGCCAUUCACGUCAUGCUCCAGGGCAACUCUGGACCUGGUCACUACGGCGAUAUGGACCUGUUGGAGGUUGGUAACCCGGGGAUGACCCAGUCCCAGCAAGCCACUCAUUUCGCCAUCUGGGCCAUGUUCAAGAGCGCCCUUAUGAUCAGCACCAAUGUGGUCGAUAUGCCAUCUGAGACCCAGUCCAUUCUCAGCAAUACUGGUCUCAUCGCCAUCAACCAGGAUGACCUUGGAGCGCCCGUGCGCCUUAUCCAGCGGUACCCUGACUACGAUGUCUACGCUGGUCCCUUGUCUGGCGGUGAUAUGGCCGUACUCAUCGUGGACCAGUCUGGUAAAGGCGGUAAUUACUACCUCGACUUUAACUCCCUCAACGUUUCCCGUGCCGAUGUCCAUGACCUGAUCGCGAACCGGGAAUGGCAUUACUUCAGCAACUGGUUUGCGAAACUGCAGCCGUACGGCUCGUCUGCGCUGCGCUUGACCAAUAUACAAGCAUACACUCCUCCAGCUGUUAGAUACAAUUACGUUGAGGGUAGUUCGGGCGUCCUUGACAACGGUGCGAGACUUGUAGACUGCUCUGCUUGCUCGAGUGGCAAGGCUGCCGGAUACGUCGGUGGCAAGCAGAGCGACGGUGGCGGCAGCGUCACAUUCACCGGCAUCAAGACGUCUAAAGCCACGCAGAACAUCAAGAUCAACUACAUUAACUGCGAGAUCAUCUAUCCCAACGAGUCUGGUCCCAACGCUAGAGGUGCUCGGAUCUCGGUGAACGGUGCCAACUCGGUUAACAUUCUGUUCCCUGUAUCUGGAUACUCGUGGACAGCAUCAGUACUGCCCGACUUCCUCGUUGAGUUGACCGGGUUUUCCACCAGCGAGCCGAACAACAUCACCAUCACCGGUAUCCCCAACGGUGUACCCAACACCAGUGGCUACGCUCCGAACAUUGCAGGUAUCUCCAUCUUAGCCUAG